AAUGAAUACUUUAAAAAAAAAAAUCCUCACUCUUAACAUCAGCAAGAUUUUCUGUUUCUUUGGUAACAGCUUAGAAAACAACUGAAUAUUUUGUAACAUCCACUGAAGUGGAAAGUUUAUGAUUUUUGAUUUUGACCUGAGUGUCUGGCUAUGAGUAUGAACCAGAUAAUCAUCUUUGAAUAUUAUCAGCAUCCAGACUAUAUUUGCUUUUUUAAGAGAGAAGAAGCGUAACAACUUGUAAAUAGAGCACAGGUGGCAAAGCCCCUCUCAACUGUACGACUCUCCAUACGUCGGAUCAUUUUAAACACCUGACAAUUGAACACCUUCACUAAAGGACUGAAUCUUCCAACCCCACAGAGAGCUGCCUUUCAGCUGGAAGAAGGGUGUGUCCCUGAGCUUUUACCUGGGAGCAAUGAUGAUCUUGUCAAGCAUUUCAGGGAGACCAGCCCAAGUUUUUAGGGUGGGGAUCUAGACUGGUUAUACGUAGCUUCAGUUCUUCUCCCAGAGAAGGCAGAAACACCUCAAAGCCUGCAUGUAGGAACAUCUACUGAGAAAUUAUUUUAAUCAGACACCAGCUGAGCGGGGGAAAGAAAAAGAACAGAGAAGAACAAACAAAACUCCCUCGGUCUUGGAUGUAAGGAACCCAGCUGCAAUGGACUGGCACUCUAUCAGAGCCGCGGUGCUGUUCAUUUUUCUGGUGGUGGUGGAAGUUAACAGUGAAUUUCGAAUCCAGGUAAGAGAUUACAACACCAAAAAUGGCACUGUCAAGUGGCAUUCAAUCAGAAGGCAAAAACGUGAAUGGAUCAAGUUCGCUGCAGCCUGUCGUGAAGGUGAAGACAAUUCAAAAAGGAACCCAAUUGCCAAAAUUCACUCAGAUUGUGCUGCAAACCAGCAAGUUACAUACCGCAUCUCCGGAGUAGGAAUUGAUCAGCCACCUUAUGGAAUCUUCGUCAUUAAUCAAAAAACUGGUGAAAUUAAUAUUACAUCUAUAGUUGAUCGAGAGGUCACCCCGUUUUUCAUUAUCUAUUGCCGGGCUCUGAAUUCACUGGGUCAAGAUUUAGAGAGGCCUCUUGAGCUCAGAGUCAGAGUUUUGGAUAUAAAUGACAACCCUCCAGUAUUUUCUAUGUCUACUUUUGUAGGACAAAUAGAAGAAAAUUCUAAUGCAAAUACGCUGGUGAUGAUACUCAAUGCUACUGAUGCAGACGAACCAAAUAAUUUGAACUCAAAAAUAGCCUUCAAGAUCAUAAGACAGGAACCUUCUGAUUCACCAAUGUUUAUUAUUAACAGAAACACUGGAGAAAUUCGAACAAUGAAUAAUUUUCUAGACAGAGAGCAAUAUAGCCAGUAUUCCCUUGCUGUGAGAGGCUCUGACCGAGAUGGUGGGGCAGAUGGCAUGUCAGCAGAGUGUGAGUGCAACAUUAGAAUCCUCGAUGUUAAUGAUAACAUCCCAUACAUGGAACAGCCCUCCUAUUCCAUUAGUAUUGAAGAAAAUGCCCUACACUCAAAUUUGCUCCAGAUUAGAGUAAUCGAUUUGGAUGAAGAGUACUCAGCUAAUUGGGUGGCAGUAAUUUUCUUUAUCUCCGGAAAUGAGGGAGGUUGGUUUGACAUAGAAAUGAAUGAAAGGACAAAUGUGGGAAUUUUAAAGGUUAUUAAGCCCCUAGAUUACGAAGCUAUGCAGACAAUGCAACUAAGUCUCGGUGUCAGAAAUAAAGCUGAAUUUCACCAUUCAAUUAUGUCUCAGUAUAAACUCACAGCAACAGCAAUCACUGUGGCUGUGUCAAAUGUAAUUGAAGGUUCGGUGUUCCGUCCAGGUUCAAAGACAUAUGUGGUAACUAGUAACAUGGGACAGAAUUAUAAAGUGGGAGACUUUAUAGCCACUGAUCUGGACACAGGUAGUGCUUCAACAACUGUUAGAUAUGUAAUGGGAAAUAAUCCAGCUAACCUACUUGAUGUUGACUCAAAAACAGGCAUAAUUACUUUGAGAAACAGAGUUACCAGGGAACAAUAUAACAUGCUUGGGGGAAAAUACCAAGGAACAAUUUUAUCUAUAGAUGAUACUCUUCAAAGAACUUGUACUGGAACCAUUAAUAUUGACCUUCAAGGUUCUGGCUGGGCUGAGAAUGGAAAAGAUACUGGUACCAAUCCCGGAACUAGUGGAGGCAGUGAGGGUCCUAGUGGAGGCAGUGGGAGUACUGAUGAAAGUACCACUGACAAUAUGAAUGGAGGUGGUGGAACCAGUACUGACACAGGUGACAAAACUUCCACUGAAUAUGGCACUGGGACCGAGGCUUUGGGUGAUGGAAAUUUAGGAGCAAAUCUCUCAGAUAAUGUCCAUUUUGGUCCUGCCGGCAUUGGACUGCUCAUCAUGGGAUUCUUGGUCCUAGGACUGGUCCCAUUUUUGUUGAUGUGCUGUGAAUGUGGAGGUGCCCCUGGCGGGGGAGCUGGCUUUGAACCUGUCCCUGAAUGUUCAGAAGGAGCACUUCACACAUGGGCAGUAGAAGGCCCACAGUUGCCUCCAGUAAGUGACACUGUCUGUGUACCACCCAUAUCACCUCCUGAUGCAAAUCUAAUUGAAUGCAUUGACACUUCAGGGGUUUACACGAAUGAGUAUGGUGGCAGAGAAAUGCAAGAUCUGGGAGGAGGAGAAAGAACAACAGGAUUUGAACUAACAGAAGGAGUUAAAACUUCAGGAAUACCUGAGAUAUGUCAAGAAUAUUCUGGAACAUUAAGAAGAAAUUCUAUGAGAGAAUGUAGAGAAGGAGGUCUGAAUAUGAACUUCAUGGAAAGCUACUUCUGUCAGAAAGCAUAUGCUUAUGCAGAUGAAGAUGAAGGACGCCCAUCCAAUGACUGUUUGCUCAUAUAUGACAUUGAAGGUGUAGGUUCCCCUGCUGGAUCUGUGGGUUGUUGUAGCUUCAUUGGAGAAGACUUGGAUGACAGCUUUUUGGAUACACUGGGGCCUAAAUUUAAGAAGUUGGCAGAUAUCAGCCUAGGAAAAGAAGUUGAACCAUAUCCAGACCCUGAUCCUUCUUGGCCACCUGAAAGCACCGAACCGAUCUGCCCUCAGCAGGGAACAGACCCCAUCACUGGUGGACAUCCACCCAUCUCCCCACAUUUUGGCACCACUACAGUCAUUUCUGAGAGUACCUACCCCUCUGGACCUGGUGUACAGCAUCCUAUGCCCAUUCCUGAUCCUCUGGGCUAUGGUAAUGUUACUGUGACCGAGUCUUACACCACCUCUGGCACUCUGAAGCCCUCUGUCCAUAUUCAUGAUAAUCGACAUGCAUCAAAUGUAGUGGUGACCGAGAGGGUGGUCGGCCCAAUCUCUGGCACUGAUUUGCAUGGAAUGUUGGAGAUGCCUGACUUGAGAGAUGGGUCAAACAUUAUCGUGACAGAAAGGGUAAUAGCACCAAGUUCAAGUCUACCCACCUCUUUGACCAUGCCUGAUCCUAGAGAGUCAUCAAAUGUGGUAGUGACAGAAAGAGUAAUCCGACCAGCUUCUGGCAUGAUGGGCAAUCUAAGUAUACACCCUGAGUUAUCAAAUGCCCAAAAUGUGAUUGUGACAGAGAGGGUUGUUUCCGGCUCUGGCAUAAGUGGAAUUAGUGGCCCAGCUGGGAUGACUGGAGGCAGUGGCCUGGUUGGCAGUGCAGCUGGAGGAAGUGGUGGUGGCAUUGGGUUGAGCAGCCUGGGAGGAGGUGGGGGCCUAAGUAGCAGCAUGGGGGGCACAGCCACCAUUGGCCACAUGAGGAGCUCCUCUGACCAUCACUUUAGCCAGACCCUUGGAUCUGCCUCCCCUAGUACUGCCCGAAGUCGAAUCACGAAGUACAGUACGGUACAAUAUACGAAGUAG